CGCGCCAAUGAUGUUCCCAACAGCUGACAGACGGUGAGCAGCCUCUGUCAGAGCUGUCGCUGGACUGGACUGUCUGUUGGCCUGUGCCGAGUAGAAACACUCAUAGGUCGGUCAGCGGAUGAAAACCUCCUUCAAAUUGGCUUUUUAUCGAGCCAAUAAAGGAAAAUUAAAUUCACCAUUCGAUUCGCAUCCUCUUCGGGAGCGGGGGUGGGGAGGGGGGCACCUGGUGUCAGCUAACUUCCACAAUAGGUCGCUUGCGCCGCGUUGCGUCGCUCGUUACGGCUGCAUAUGUUCGUUUUGACUGCAACUAUCGUAGCCGUGGCCGAUGCUGAGGAAUGGAUAGUGUGUCUGUAAACGGCGCGAAGAUGGUGGAGAGUGAUGAUGAGCUGCAGCCACAGAGGGACAGCGGCGGUGGCGCAGCGAUGGCCGCGCUUCAUCAAUGCGAACUCAUCCAAAACAUGAUUGAUAUCUCCAUCUCCAGUUUACAGGGACUGCGCACCAAAUGCGCCGCGUCCAACGACCUGACACAGCAGGAGAUCCGCACUUUAGAGGUGAAGCUGAUGAAAUACAUCUGUAAGCAGCUACAGUGCAAACACAAAGUGCCAGAAGCAGAGCGGCCCGCGGCCCUGGACAACUUCCCACACUUACAAGACUGGCUUCACACUAUCAACCUGCGAGAAGGGCUCAUAGUGGCAGUAGAAGCAGAGUUGUCCCUGGAUGCCUUACUCCAGAUGACAAGUGCUCAAGUGAGUGAUACGAUGCGAAGACUCGGUUCAGGUUCAGAAGAAUGUGCAAGACUCAUUGCUGCCCUCUCCUGUCUGAAAAGUGCCACCGAAACAGGAGGUGAACUGAGAGGAGACGCAGGUCUAUGGCUGUCAGAGCCCACCAAGAGAGACAGUGGCUCUCUAAUGACUGCAGAGCAGCUUUCUAACCUGGGCACGCCCCUCCGCUUCCACAGUCCGUCCCCUUUAGCGAGACCUUACACUGUCCAGUCCACACCAUGCACUCCCUGUGCUACCUUUCCACAUCCCCGCUCUGGCUCCAUGUCAUCAGCACCCACACCUGAGGCCCACUUCCACAGUGAAAGCCCCCUCACCGAUCCCUUUCCCAUGUCCUUACCUCAAACCGCAACCCCUCCUAUAACUCCCCUGUCGAGGAGGUGUCACCGGCUGAAGCCGCCCUGCACGCCUCCGCCCCCGUCCCGCAAAGUACUUCAUCUUCUUCCUAAUAUCACGCUGACACGCAGCAAGAGCCACGAGUCCCAGCUUGGAAACCGCAUCGAAGACCCUCCUACGAACACGGGUGUUAGAAAGAAUAAGUUGUUCCUAAAUAUGCAAGUCAAUGGGAAUGGAUGUGAAGAAUUUUCCUCCCGUCACCCUGCUCUGUCUGCACGUUUGACCGCUGUCACCACAGCUCCUACCAACAGCCCUUACACUCUUCCUGGCACGCCCACCCUCCUGGAGGAGCACAGCAGCUUGAAGAAUAACAGAGCAGUGCACCGCAGCUCGCCGCAAGCAGUGAGGAGGGACAUUGGCCUUGCAAUCACACACAGGUUUUCAACCAGAUCCUGGCUUUCUCAGACCUGUCAGGUGUGCCAGAAGAACAUGAUGUUUGGGGUAAAGUGCAAACACUGCCGAUUAAAGUGCCAUAACAAAUGCACCAAGGACGCUCCUUCCUGCAGGAUCUCCUUUCUACCAAUUGCUAAAAUUCGGAGGACUGAGUCCGUCCCGUCCGACAUCAACAACCCCGUGGAUCGUCCACCAGAGGCACCACAGUUCGGCACACUACCAAAAGCCAUUACAAAGAAGGAUCAUCCACCGGUUCUGAACCAGCUGGACUCCAGCAGCAAUCCAUCCUCCACCACUUCAUCUACACCUUCAUCUCCAGCACCCUUCCAGCAGAGCAACCCCCUCAGUGCCACACCCCCACCCAACCCAUCCCCGAAAGGUCACCGAGAAAGUCGAUUCAACUUUCCAGCUGCCUGUUACUUUCAGCAUAGACAGCAGUUUAUCUUCCCUGAUGUUUCCAGUCCUUCAAGUCUGCACACUGAUGUCCUUGAAGACACUGUCAGUGAGAUGGAGCAAGCAGAGGACGUACAUGCUGAGCUGGUAGAAGAUGAAGACGAAGAGGAAGAAGAGGAGGACGUUGAGGAUGAAGAUGCAAGAACACUGGAGAAGAAAAACAAACAGGACAGGGAGCAUCGCAAUGACAGCGAAGAUGAAGAUGAAGAUGAGGACGACAUGGAGGAGAUCCGGAUGAAUGUUGGUUCAGACGGGGAGCUGGAUGGCGACAAUCUGGACGACCUGCCCAGCUCUCAGGGCAACAUGUGGAAGGGACCCAUCUCCCGCAAAGGCUCUCAGACCAGCGUCUACCUUCAGGAGUGGGACAUCCCCUUUGAGCAGCUGGACCUUGGAGAGCUCAUAGGAAAGGGUCGCUGGGGCCGAGUUCACAAGGGCCGGUGGCAUGGGGAGGUAGCCAUACGGCUGCUGGAGAUCGACGGAAACAACCAGGAUCAUCUGAAACUCUUUAAGAAGGAGGUGAUGAACUACAGACAGACGAGACAUGAGAAUGUGGUGCUCUUCAUGGGAGCCUGCAUGGCUCCACCACAUCUAGCUAUUAUUACCAGUUUCUGUAAAGGGAGGACACUGUAUUCAGUUGUCAGGGACUCUAAAAACACCCUGGAUAUCAACAAGACCAGACAAAUCGCUCAGGAGAUUGUUAAGGGAAUGGGUUAUCUUCAUGCAAAAGGAAUUGUUCACAAAGAUCUGAAGUCAAAGAAUGUGUUUCAUGACACCAACAAAGUCGUGAUCACAGACUUUGGGCUGUUCGGGAUCUCAGGAGUUGUUCAGGAAGGAAGGCGUGAAAAUAAACUUAGACUUCCUUACGGCUGGAUUUGUUAUCUGGCUCCAGAGAUUGUGCGCAGGAUGAGUCCAGGUAACAAUGAAGACCGACUGCCUUUCUCCACUGCAGCAGAUGUGUAUGCCUUUGGCACCAUUUGGUAUGAGCUUCAAGCACGGGACUGGCCAAUCACGAACCAGCCUAUGGAAGCAACCAUCUGGCAGGUGGGAAGUGGAGAGGGCAUAAAGAAGGUUCUGGCCAAGAUAAACCUCGGCAAGGAAGUUACUGAGAUCCUGUCCGCCUGCUGGGCGUACGACCUGAGGGAAAGGCCCACCUUCACUCAGCUGGCUGACAUGCUGGAGAAGUUGCCCAAACUCAAUCGCAGGCUGUCCCACCCCGGGCAUUUCUGGAAGUCUGCAGAGUUGUAGCAGCAGUUGCACUGACCACAUAACCAACACACAGCAAACGCCUGGGUCUACCUUGCAUGCUCCUGAAUCCUAAAGUCUAACAGGACUGAUCAAAGCUCUGACUCUGCUUCCACUAAUACACACAGCCAGGUCUUCUGUGCCUAAUCACUUGGUGUGGUCCGUGGUGAUUGGUGGACUGAGGUAGCAAUGUGAGGAGGAGGAAGAGGAGGACAAACUCCAUCAUCUUCAACCCUCUGUCUCUGAUCCUGACCUCCUCACUUUCUUAAUUUUGUCUUGUGCAUCAAUCUGAGGCUCCGGUGUCAGUACUCAGACUAACCUGCUACUCUAAGGCCCGUCCUGGCGGUGCCAGACUUUCUGCCGUCUCCACCUUUUCUGUGCCGUUGUGGUGAUGUGGUUGUUGUCACGCAGGCCUGCAUCUGCAUCUGCACAGCUGCUCUUUGUUCUGGAGAUGAACAACCGCUCCACUGGGACUCUAGAUUAACUUCAUGGUCAUAUUUCUCCUCCGUUUUGUCUGAUUGAUUUGUUACACAGUGGUCUGUGGUGUGCACACAGCUCCUGCUUCUCUGCUGUUUAUUACUGAAAGGUCAGUUUGCUACCAUACAGACAGACCAUCGACUGUAGAAAAGAAACAAACGUUGACAUUCCACGUCAAAAACCAAGUCUAGUUUUUGAAGCUCGGGAUUUGCACAUAAGGGAGACAUCAUAGAGCAUUGUUUCCCAAAGACUGGGUCACGGCCCUCAGGUGGGUCACAAGAGUUUUUUGUUUUUUUUUGGGUCGUCUUGCAUCAUGUUUCCCAGGAACAUGUUGACUUGGGUCGCGAAGGUUUGUGACUUUUAAAAUAUGGGUCCCCAGAAAAAAAAGUUUGGGAAACACUGUCCUAGAGGUUUAGACACCAGAUGCUAGGCUUCAGUCUGAUGGUUAUGGGAUUGUAGGUUACAACAUUUCAUUCAUGUUACAUUUAAGCUAAGAUCCAGUGACUAAAAGCUUUUUUUUACUCAUUUUGUUCUGCCAUCAGUGUGUUUGAUGAUUUCCAGGGCAGCUUCGUCCUGUAGCUGUAGUUAGUUUACCUGGUUGGGUGUGAUGUACUGUAUGACUACCUGUUCGUUGUCUUUGAUAUGUUAGUUUCACUAAGCGUGUUAAAAUUAGGUGCUAAUGGAGAUGCUGAAUUACCAAUCCAUGACGUGUUUUAUAAAGCUUUCACAAUUCACCCCCCAAAAAACAACAGAGCAGGAUCAUUCUAUUUACACUAAAAGAUUGGAGAAAUAAAACGUUGUGUCUGUUCUAUAUAGUUGGUAAGUGCACUUUAUAAAAACACAAGUUACUACGAAUGAGCCUUCUGAAAGGUUGACUGAUUUCAGUCAAAGGAAAAAAAAAACCAGGACCAUGGAGCGAGCGUCCUAACUCUUCUUGAACGUUACCUGUUGUGCGUGCUAUUGCGAGCUGUCUGUAGUUACUGGCUUCAGUGUGCAUGUAUUUAUGUUUUGUGUGUGUUUACAUGCAAUUGGGUUGCACAUACUGUUUGGGAUCAUGUAGGGUUGUUGUUUUGUUUUUGUUUUUGUGAAAAGAUUGCUGUAGACAUGUUACAAACCCACUGGUGUAUAAUGUAAAUACAUUAUUUAAUAAUAACAAUGACUUGGAUUUUAAUAUUUGUACAAACAUUUUCUAUGUAAUUGACAUUGCAACACUUUUGAAUAGGUACUGCUAUGGCCACCACAGAUAUGUAUAUAUUUAUAUUUUUUCCAUGUACAGAAACACUGUACAAAAAACCCGUAUAAUUUUUAGAAUGGGCCAAUACAUGUUUUUUUUUUUGUUACUGUAAAAUUUAAUAUUUUUGUAUUGCAUGUGAUUGCCAUUCUGUACACACAGUUUCUGUUUUCAUCCAUGGAAGACAAUAAAUAUGUCUUGUCAUUAGUAACAAAGUGAGUUCAGUUUGGUCCGUUUGAAACCAAAAAUUUGAACUCUUUUUACACAACUUAUCACAGUGGGAAGUUUACCUUUCAGCAACUUGUCUUUUAUGAGUUUUAUUAUUGUAUUGCCUUUUAUGUUUUUAUUAUUAUUAUUAUUUACUGGGUUUUAGAUUCUUCUUAUGCUGCUCAGUUUGGCACAUUGACUACAUUUUUUGGUUUACAUCAGGGGUCAACUAUAAUUGUUGUAGGACCAGAAUUUUUCUGAAUAGACACCUCGGGGUCCAGACACCGAAUAAAAUAAAAUAAAAAUCA